CCUCAUCUCCAGCUUCGGUCACUUUUCUGUUUCAGCUGAAGCUCCGCUUGGGCUUCUCUUCUUCAUGGAUAUUCCGCAUUAGCGUAUUACCUUGUACAUUAUCGCGACGUUUAUUUUGAUAACUGCUUCAGUGACCAGUGACCACAAAGUACCCCAAAGUACAGCAUCCCAAUCACUGACGACGUCUUGACAAAGGAUUAAGCUUGUGUAACUCGAAAUGUUCAAGUUACCGUUUAUCUACCUGUUUUUGGGAAUUUUGGCGAAAUCGUCGGCGGGCCAGUUCUACUUUCCGAAUGAGGCGGCCCAGGUGCCAAACUACGGAAGGUGCAUCACCCCGAACAGGGAAAGAGCCCUGUGCAUUCACCUGGAGGACUGCAAAUACCUGUACGGGAUUCUGACCACCACACCGCUUAGGGACACUGAUCGCCUCUACCUAAGCCGGAGCCAAUGCGGGUACACGAAUGGAAAGGUGUUGAUUUGCUGCCCGGAUCGCUACAGGGACACGUCGCCGGUAACCCCGGCGCCACCUAGGCCCAAUAUCACCACCACAAAUUUGCUACCGCUUCCCGGACAGUGCGGAAACAUCCUUUCAAAUCGCAUCUACGGUGGUGUGAAAACCAAAAUUGACGAGUUUCCAUGGAUGGCUUUAAUAGAGUAUACCAAAGCUGAAGGAAAGAAGGGCCACCACUGCGGUGGCUCCUUGAUCAGCACAAGGUAUGUGGUGACAGCCUCGCAUUGUGUAAAUGGAAAAUCUUUGCCCUCGGACUGGCGACUGACUGGUGUCCGGUUGGGCGAGUGGGACACGGCCACUAAUCCGGACUGUGAGGUGGAUGUCCGUGGCAUGAAAGACUGUGCUCCGCCUCAUUUAGACGUGCCCGUGGAGCGAACUAUACCACAUCCUGACUACAUUCCCGGCUCUAAGAACCAGGUGAACGACAUAGCCCUUUUGCGACUUGGCCAGCAAGUCGAGUACACCGAUUUCGUACGACCGAUUUGCCUGCCAUUGGAUGCCAACUUGAGAGCGGCUACAUUUGAUGGUAUUUCCAUGGAUGUGGCUGGAUGGGGUAAGACAGAACAGCUGUCGGCCAGUAACCUGAAGCUUAAAGCCGCUGUGGAGGGAUUCCGAAUGGAGGAGUGCCAGCAAGUGUAUAGCAGCCAAGAGAUUCUACUCGAAGAAACCCAGAUGUGCGCCGGCGGAAAGGAGGGCGUGGAUUCAUGUCGUGGCGACUCCGGCGGUCCUCUCAUUGGCCUUGACACAAACAAGGUGAACACCUACUACUUUCUGGCGGGCGUGGUUUCAUUUGGCCCCACGCCGUGUGGCCUGGCAGGAUGGCCAGGGGUAUACACUCUGGUUGGCAAAUAUGUUGACUGGAUUCAAAACACAAUAGAGGCCUAGUUGUGCAUUUUAAUUUAAAUGAGUUUCUGUGUAAAUAAAUUAAAGAUAUGUAUGUCCCAUUUAA